GGGCUCAGUCAAGUUUUGUGAGUGGAGACGAGCGCAUCAACCAGGAGCGUGUUGCACCGCUAGCUACCCGUUCGGCUUUCCUCCCCCAUUUUGUGGACAUUUUAUGUGCAUUCUUUGCCUGAAGAGGAAAUAUUAACCGAGUCGAGUGACCUGUAAAGUGCCCUCACUUUAACACAAGCCCCCCCUUCCCCUAGGAAUCUGGAAACCGAACAUGGACGGCUUCUACGACCAGCAGGUCCCGUUCAUGGUCCCGCCCAGCUCUCAUGUGGAGGAACACGGCAGGGUCUACAAUGACAGGAAGAGGAAGUUUGUAGACACUGAGCUCGCCCAGGACACGGAAGAACUCUUCCAAGAUCUCAGUCAGCUGCAGGAUAUCUGGAUUGCAGAGGCCCAGGUGCCAGAUGAUGAGCAGUUCGUGCCAGACUUCCAGUCAGAUAGCUUGAUGUUUCAUGGACCGCCACUAACCAAGAUCAAACGUGAGCUCACUCCCUCCAAAGAGCUGUCCCCUUGUCACCAGGAUAGGAGUCCCAUGCCCUAUGGAGAGAAGUGCCUUUACAGUUACAGUGCCUGCGACAGGAAUUCCACUCCUGGCUUCAAACCAUUAACCCCUCCCUCCACGCCAGUGUCUCCAUGUGGGUCCACCAGCACAGCUGGAGCACGCACCCUCAACGAACCAAGUCCUCCCCCAUCUACCAAUGUAACCAGCCUGAACCAUGGAGCAAGGCCGGUGCAUGUUCCGCAGCAGCAACAGCCCCUCACACAGAGUGCGGGCCUGCGAAACCAGCCGCCACUAUCUGUCCACAGCCCACCGUUUGCCGUGCCGUGUGCUGUAAUCGGUCAGGAUGCCAAUAACUUCCCACCAGAGCACAGGUUCCAAAGGCAGUUGUCAGAACCAUUGCUACCUUUUCCCCCGUCAGAGAGUCAAGGGCGGCCACACUUCUUGCCCCAGCUGGCGAACAACAACGGUCGGCCACUGUACCAUCGGCAAAUGUCCGAACCACUCGUGGCCGUACCGCCGCGUUGCUUCAAACAAGAACUCAUUGACCCGAGAUACACAGAGCAGGGCGUUCCCAGCGUAGGCCCGCCAGCUCCCUCGCAGCAGGCGUCGUUUCACCCCGCAGCCAUCAAGCAGGAACCCCGCGACUUCUGUUUCGAUUCCGAGGUGCCCAACUGUCACUCAUCCUUUGGGAGAGCGGGGAGCUACUACCAAAAUAACCAUGAAAGCUUCCCCUUCGACAGAGAUCCCCAACUCUACUUUGACGAUACCUGUGUUGUCCCUGAAAGAUUGGAAGGAAAGGUAAAGCAGGAGCCCUCCAUCUAUCGAGACGGGCCCCCAUACCAGCGCCGUGGCUCGCUGCAACUCUGGCAGUUCCUGGUCACUUUGCUGGACGAUCCAGCCAAUGGACACUUUAUUGCCUGGACAGGCCGGGGAAUGGAAUUCAAGCUCAUUGAACCUGAAGAGGUGGCUCGCCGCUGGGGCAUCCAGAAGAACAGACCGGCCAUGAACUACGACAAGCUGAGCCGCUCACUGCGUUACUACUAUGAGAAGGGCAUCAUGCAGAAGGUAAAGGUGGCCGGAGAGCGGUACGUGUACAAGUUUGUGUGUGACCCCGAGGCCCUCUUCUCCAUGGCCUUCCCUGAUAACCAGAAGCCAAACCUGAAGGUCGACAUGGACAGCCUGCCCAGCCUAGACGAUGACACUGUGCCCCUCACUCACUAUGAGGAGAACGCUACCUACUUGCUGGACAGCGGAGAUCAUUGCGUUGCUGGCUUGCCCUUCCCUGACAGUUGCAGCUACUGAACUAACACAGCAAAAAUAUGCCCAAAGUCUUUUGACGCUUGUCAAAUUCAGAGGUGGACUGACGAACUGGCUUCCAGGGACCUUUAUGGAUGUCCUCCCUGACUGAUUUGCGGACAAAAAUUGAUCCAUCGCUACAAUGCACCAGUGUAAAAGAUGCAAACACGCAGAAGGUCAGAGGAUUGAUGUACUUCAACUCUCGCGCCCUCCUCCGCAGCGGAAAGAGGCAAGGCCUCAAGACUUCUAAUAUUACGUAAAGAAGACAACACUCCUUGACUCUGGAUCGACAAGAGUAGUGUCUGUGAUUUUUUUAUUUUGUGACAAUCCAGUUUUCCUAAACUACGAAAAGAAAUCCAAAAUUUAACCAGACUUCAUAAAUGCAGCACUGUUUUAGAGUUGCCUGUUAGUUUAUCGCUCUAUUUUUUUUUUUUUUUUUUUGAGAUAUUGCAGAAAAUUUGGCCGAAAAUAGCUAAAAUUGCAUCAUCAGUUUUCAGUUUUGAAGACCAAAAGUUUACCACUGAAUAGUGUGAAGAACCUUAGUCCUCUUAUUAUUACGUCAUCAAAACAUGGCUAGACGCAACACGUUUUCUGAUGCUAUCUCGCCAACACUACUGGCUCACAGCCAACAUGUCCCUGGUUUGGAAAAUACUUCCAAAUUGAGGACAUGUUUGCUCUCUACAAAUUCAAGACCGUGGACAUGUUAGCUGUGAGCCAUUAGUGUUAGCAUCGCCUUGUUUUGAUGACGUCAAGUCAAAAGGAGUACGGGCUGAUUUAUGUCUCUGCGUUCCGUUAACAGCAGAGCGACGGCGUAGACCUUAUGUCAUCAUUGAGCAUUUGAAGUUCUGCGUCAAGGGAACGCAUUGCUCUGUAAUACACUGCCAAGCAACUAGAGGGGUGUGGCUUUGUCUUUGUACAGUUUUGGGGAACUCUUGUGGAAUUUCUUUCGUUUUCCUCCGGUCAUCGACGGAAUGGUAAUAGAGAUGGAACGUGUUUAUUUGCAGCUGCAGCUAAUCAAUACUGAACAAAAAAUGUUGUUAAUACAAAUGUUGAAGCGAAAGCGACACAGAAGACAUUUGCAAAUGUUUGAAAACGGCGGUGUUGCUGCGCUGAACCGGAAACAACGUUCUGAGCGGACCAAUCACAGUCCUUUGACGUCACGUGACGCGUAGUUAGGAUUAUAUGGAGGCGUAGGUCAUGCUACGGCGUAGUGUCAUAAAUCAGGUCUGCAUUAACGUCGUAGGUCCGCCGUCACCACAAUGCAGAAGCAUAAAUCAGCCUUAAGGGUCUUCACACUAUUUGGUGGUAAUAUUUCGAUCUUCAAAACCAAAAUCCGAUGAUGCAUUUUUAGCUAUUUUCUGUGACAUCUCUACCGAUAAUGCAUUUUCACCUAUUUUCAGUCACAUCUGUAGUUUUUAUGUUUUGGAACCUAAGUUAUAACAUCAAUCAAAGGGCUGUGAAUUGCAUCAAUAUAUUGUCCAGCAACCCUAAUUUGAACUAACAAUCAUUUCUGUAGAUAUGACUUUAAUGCCACUUUUUGGAACUUCGAGGACAGAGUAUUAUAGGCUAGUUGGUCAGACUGCUCUCUUGUGUAAAUGUCGUUCUUGAAUUGUCCUGCCUCUGUAAGAGAUUGUAUUUGCUGACUGCUACCCUUGGUACAAAUCUGUGCUGCAUUGUUCAAUCAGGAACUUAUUAGCACUCAUCUAUUUUAAAAGGGAUGCAUAUGCAAGUUCAUAAUUUUCCCACAGUGACCUUUUUAUAUUUGGUCAAUUUGAUUUAGUUGUUUUUACGUUGCUGUCUCCACAGUGGUCAAUCGGCUCAUCCUGAAGGAGUUGGUUUGGCAAAAGUAAUGCAGCAAUACAUGUUGGGGGGGGGCAAGCUUUUUCAGAAACCUUCCCAUGAUAAGAAAGAUGACUUUGCAUGGUGGUAUAAUCAGCGGAGACUGCGUCCACCAACAUAUCAUUUUGUCUUGGGAAAUACAGUAAAUUUGUAUGUUUCUGCAUUUUAUUUUGAAUGAGGGCAAAGCAAAAAUUAUAUAAAGCGUAUAUUUUUGCUAUUCGGCUGCAGUCCAUUUUUUUGUAAUGUGUCCGCUGUAUAGUUCUGGCAACAGCUUUUUUUUUUUUUAUUAAGAUAAACUAAAAUCUCACAGACUCUCACUGCAAGGCAUGGAAAAGGCCAGCAUUCUGGCUGAAGCCACAUUACGGGAUGCACAGGGACAGACCGCACUUGUAUAGGCUUCUGUUGUCCUAGCCCCCUCUUACAUUAUGUUCCUUAUGCAGCUGAGUUUCAUCAUGUGUACUGGGUCAAAUAAACACUCAAAGCUUCA